AGGGCACUGUCCGUACUCAGCUCCUUAAGUGAAAUAUUUGAUAGUCUUCUCCACAACAAAGAACAGACUCGACAGCAUAGGUUCAUACUCAGCAUAUGGCUCCAGUUCACUACAACAGGAAUAGACUAAGGCAACAUGGAGUCCAAGAGUAAAAGUUCAAAGAAACGCCGGCAUGAAAGGACAGAAUUCAUUGAGGAGGAAGAGGAAGGAUUCUCUUCCGAGGUUUCAGCCACGGGAACCAAGAGGAGAAAGAAGUCAAAGGAGGGAACCAGACAUAAAAGUUCCAGUACAAAAUUAACUAAUACAGCUGUGAAUGCCACAACUAGUACGGACCCUAGUUCAGAGGUCCAUUGUGAUCCGCCUGGUAAUGCCUUCAGUUGUGAUAAAGUUGGGAGUCUCCAGUCAUGCUUGAUUACGGCAAGCUGUGAUAAUGACCAGAAUCUUGCUAGUUACGUUAAGAAAACUUACUCAUCGGGAAUGAAAAAUAGAAAUACCAAAAAGGAACGAUCAAGGACAAGGAGUCUCAGGCACCGAUAUUCAAAUGCUGAUCUGGUCAUCGACGAGAAUGUAAAGGAUAUUGGUAUUGCCGUUGAAAAGGCUGUCGAUACUGAAUUAGAAGAGAGAUUAAGUGUAGUGUCUAGUUUACAUAAUGAAGGUAGAAAUACUCAGAAACAAGGAAGAGAGAGCACAGAAGAAGGAAAUGAUGCAAGUAUAAAUGAGGGGGUUAUCAGCAAUGGGAAUUUGACAACACAGGUAAUGGCAAAACAUGCAGAAUUUGGAAACAUAGGUUGCCUUAACUCAAACUUUAACGCUACUAGUGAAAAUGGGAAAGUGGGAGAAAAGAAAAUAGAAAGUGGAAAUUCACCAAAUUCGUUACCUUAUAGUGGAACACAGCCCAAUACAGAGCAUCAAGGAAUAACAGUAGGAAAUGUGAAUGUAUUGGCAACAAUAUCAUCAAACAUUCCUGUCUCUCUUGGAUCCAGGGUCGUCCACACAUCAGCUCAGAAUCUUAAUACUGGUUUUCAAGUUAUGCCAAACUUAGAAGCAAAUAUUUCAUCCACAGAGGCUAGUGUUGCCACAGUUGUAACUCACCCACAGCUAUCCUUUACAAAUCAAGAUGGAAGUGAUGAGAUGCCUCUAAGUCUAGACUUCGAAAGGUCAGGCAAGAAUAAUCAGUCAUGUUCUACUAUAGUAUCUCCAAUGUCUUCAGCUUCCUUCAAUCAUGAUUCACAAGAUAGACCUGAUUUCUGUGGCCUUAACAGAAAUCUAAAAGUAGAGAAAGGUGUAGAUGCACUUAGUACUACUUCAAAAUUGAACCUUGAUUUCCUUGAACAGGAGAGAAAAACUCUAAGAGAAGGAAGGGGUGUUGUUGAGCAAGAGCUUCAUAAAGACACUACUAUUCCAUUAGUUGACUUAGAGGAAAGUGCAUCAGAUCCCCUUAAAGAGAAAGAGAACUCUCCUACUCUUCAAAAUAAUAAUACCACCAGUGCUACCAAACAGAAGAAAAGAGAGAAUAUUCAAGUUCCAACCGGGGGCCAAGGUCAAGUGACAACAAGUUCUCUGCGUGUUGACAACUGGGGAGCCUAUUUGUUACAAAGACUGGAAGUUCUUUUCGAUCAGGAGCAAGAAUGUGAUCUCACUCUGAAAUUUUCGACAGGAGAAGUGCUCAAGGUACAUCGUACUAUAGUGUCAGCUUGCACUUCUCUUGUAUCUGAACCUCACACUGUUGAAAGAGGUGAAGAAUUUGCCAUGCCGCCUGAACUGAACUAUGCCAGUGUAGAACCUGUCAUAAGGUUUAUAUACAGUGGACGUUUAGAUGUCAGGGGAUCGCGGAGUGAAAUGACUGCUAUUUACAAUGCAGCUCAGAGGCUUCAAGUGUCUCUGUUAACACGCUUAAUGGAUCGUCGUUUCCCUUAUCUGACACCCUCAAGAAAUUCAGCAAACAGACUGCCAGUAUGGAGGAGAACCCCAGACAGACAAUCAAGACACCAGAAGCAGCAGCCAUCAAAAGCAACCACCAAAGGAAGCUUACCGAGAGUGCCAACGUCCCCCACCACAUCAUCGGACAAGCAACACAAGUCCCUGUCAGAUGAUGAACCACAAGCAAGAACUUCUCCAGAUAUCCUAGAAAUAAGUUCAAAGGAAACUCCUGAAGGUGUGGCAGGUAAUGGACCAGAAGAAGAAGAAGAAGCUGGUGAUGGUAUAUAUUUACUUGUCACAAAUAGUCAGAAAAUUGCACAGGCAAAUGCUGCUGUCAGAAGAAAGAGACCAGCAGAGCAAGCCAGACCCACAAGAUUUGAGCUGGAGGAGGAGUCGGAAAAUGCCAGUGUCAAAAUUGCAACAUGGUCUUCAAAGAGUUCAAAUGUUCCUCCAUUCUUUCCUUCAACUUCCGUUCAAGGGCAGGAGACGACUACAGCAUUCUUAUCUUCCACACAUACUACCUCAGCAGAUAGUUCAGAUUUGCAGCAAAAGUUUGUUAAUGUGACUACAACUGGAACUGUCUCUUCUCCCAAAAGCAAUUCAGUUUCUCCAAGUUCAGAUAUGUUUACAGGCAGCUCACCUACAUCAAGACAAUGUCUACAACCACAUGAUCAAUAUACUUUCAUACCACAUACCACAUCCAAUGAUCCAACUCCAUCACAUAGUGCUGAGGAUGAUGCUAUCACAGUCAUAGAAGAUGUUCCCAUAAGCUUGAAUGCAAGAUCAACAAAAGGCCACAUAGUGGGUGCUCAGGAGAAUGAAAAUAUAGUUGAUGAUGAUGCCGGAAGAGAUGGUGAUGAUUUAAUGGAGAAAAUUUCCAAUAUUUGCAGACAGUUAGAAGACAGAGACUCUGAUGACAGUGAAUCAAAUCUAGAGGAAUCCUUUGAAUCAAGUGACAAUAGCAUGAGCUUCAUGCACAGUGGCUCUGCUGUCACAUCAGAUUGCUCAUCUCACACAACUAACGAUGAACAUCUUAAACACGAGUCUCCGGGAAUGAAUCAGUCGAGCACAUCAGUGAAAUCAAUACUUAAAAGGAAAAAAGAUAAGAAGAAUUCACCAGGAACAAAGAAACGUGUUUCUUUCCCUCUAGACGAGAACAAUGAACUGAUUAAUGAAGUUGCAACUUACUCUCAUGCAAAAGAACCAUCACAGUCACUUCUGGAUGUCCAAAAAACUGUUGGAAGUUUCAGAUCAAGUGAGGAUGUAUCUUCUCCUGUCAAACUGACAUUAUCUUUGAAGAAGAAAGUCCUUGUGAACCUAGCUCUUGGGGAGUCAGAGACCAGUGAAUCUCAGUCUAGUCACAGAAAUGUGAAGAAUAAGAACAAAAAAGAUAGCAAUUCCCCAAGCCAGUCAACUAGUCAAGGUGUAAGUCAGGGUGACAUGUCUAAUCAUGCAAAAAUUAUCUCAGAGGUUUUGAAAAAAUAUCCUCAUUUAGUAAAAGACAAGAAAAAUAUACGUCUUAAAAUUCUGAAGAAAGGAAAUGAUAAGGCUGGCAGUGGAAAACUGGUAAAGUCCAAAGUUCAGUACCUUGUUUUAAGUGAAAAUGAAUCCAAAGCUAAGCCAGGGAGUAAGCUUUCUAAAAGUUCCAUAGGUUCUGCACCUAAGGGUGACAACUCGACCACAAGAGGAGCACAAAGUUCUCAAACUUUUGACUGCCCAGAAUGUAGAGACUUAUCUUUUACAACAUACUUUACAUUCAAAAAGCAUGUGUUAUAUGAACAUAAAGAAAAAAGCAGUGCUAUUUUAGCAAAUGUUGAGAGUGUACCAUAUGCUUGUUUUACCUGUUUUCUUAAUGAGCCCCUAGAAUUUAGUGAUUACUGUAGUUAUCAACAGCACAUGAAAGAUGUACACAGUAAGAGUGAGGCACGUCUGUGUAGCAUUUGUGGAUUUAGACCUGGAAGGAAGCUGGAGUUGGCGUAUCAUUUAUAUACAGAACACAACAAAACACCUAGAAACAUAACUUUUCCAAAAUGUGAUCUUUGUGAUCAUGUUGCUAUGACUGAAGCAGCCUUACUGAAACACAGAUCACAACAUGCCAAUGCUGAUAAUUACACUUGCUCUGUCUGUGGAGUUGCAUUUCGCUCUUUUGGGGCUCUGCAGGGCCACAUGCAAACUAAGUUAUGUCAAAACAAACCAAGCAUUAGCCACAAGUGUCCAUAUUGUCCCCAGACUUUUGCUCGAUCAUAUAAUUUGAAGGCACACUGUAAGUCCAACCACAGAGCUCUUCAUAACAUAGCACAAACUUCAGCUGGAAGCACAGGGGAACAGACAGCAGACAUUCAACAACAGGAGGAAAGAACUAUGACCUCUAGUGAUCCACAAAAUGUACCUGAAAGGAGCAUGGAAGAAAGGAGCUUGAGUGUUGAGGGAAUGUGUGAAACUUUAACAAGCAUAAACUCCCACUCAUCAUCAGAGGCUGAGGCUUUGUCAACUGUGGCGAGUAGCCUAGCAGCAUCUCUUGGCCUCCCAGAAGAAAGUAUGACUCAGUAUAUGUACACUCAAGGCAGCAAGCUGGACUUUCCUGGAAGUCUAGAAGGUGAUAAGUAUGAAGAAGGAAUGAAUCGACCCAGUAGUGUCAGUGUACAUCUGGUUGAAGCAUCUACCCCAGUUUCGGGCUACCCAGGAGAUAUGACGGUGUGCCAUGAUAGGACCUACACUUGUCAAGCACAAAUGCCAUCCACAACAUCAGUUGGUACACUUUAUCCUGUGGGGGUUGUACCAAGCCAGAUUGUUCCAGGCCAGAUGGUACCUGGACAGCUUUUGCCAAGUCAUGUCCUUCCUGGAAACUGUGUUAGUGUUGCAGGUGGCUCUGUCAUUGGAGCAGCUCCUCACAGCUGGACUUAUGUCACUUACCAGGUUCCUACCACCAGUGAUGAUAUACCAGUCAUGACAGAAGCCACAACUUUAACCCCAUCAUCUAUUCAUCCAGAUCAUAAUGCAACUGUGGAAGUCACAAUGUCUGGCAAGUCCACAAAUAGUAAUAAUGGAAUCACCUCAAGUUGUGAAGACCCCAAUCCUCUUGUUAUGAUAGCCAAUCCAACACCCCAGGUGAACAUUAGCCAGUCUUCUCAGCUCUCAGCUACACAAAGCUAUGACACAUUUUCCUCACAGUUUGUGUGACCAGUAAAUAGAUCAGCUAGUGAGGAUAUCUUAUACCACCCCAGUUAUUGUGUUCUUUAGGUAGAACUUAAGUUGUCAGAUUGACACAAUAGAAAUUCUUGAUUCACGUCAUAGAAUUUACCUAGCUUAAGUUAAAGUAGCUUGCAAGGUGUUAGCAGAUUUUGAAUAUUAGCAGUGUGUAGUUAAAGUCAUGAUAAAAAAAGUUGUCAUUUUCUUUCUCAUUAAAUGUAAAUCAUUUUUUUAUAAGAUUAAUUGGUGUUAAAGGUUUGUCAUUAGGCAACAUAGAGAAUUUCCACAUACAGGCCUAAGGUAAGCAGAUAUUACCUUUAGCAUUAUAAUUUCAUAUUUUCAGUAUAUAUAUGGUUCAUAUAGUUUAGAAAGUAGAUCUAUUCACAUUUUUUAAUGUAUUUCUUCCUCUCUCAUGUGUGUAUUAAAUUUUAAUACCUCACAGUUUGUAUAUAGUGUGCAACUUGUAUUGUACUUUCAUCGAGUUAUGAUCUUAAGGGUCAUGUUUAUAUUCACAAUGAAUUUGUGAAUUAAAAUAGUACAGAAUACUCUUUGUGUUGAAGACUUUUACAUGUUUAGUUUAUUUAUUUAGUUGCCAAAGCUGAAAAGAGUACUGUAUUUAGUUCCUUUUUAUACCAUUACUUCAGAUUAUCGAAAUAGUUUUUCUAUUGGAAAAUAUAAAUACCGACAAUGAAAUGAAUACCUUAUUCAAAAAAAAAGCAUACAUAUUAAUUACAAUGCCAUGACAUUUUUGGCUAGAGUAUUUUAUAUAUAGAUCAGUUAAACGCAAUUUGUGAUAGCAUACUUGACUUGGAAAGUCUUAAUCCUUAACAGUGACAUGUUAUUAGAUAGCAUGUUUUUAUGGACUUAUUAUUUAUUGAUUUGUUGAUUUGAUGUAUGAUUAAUUUAUUUAUUAAAGAAUCUAUCCUACAUGGACAUUAUUAUAUGGUUGUGUGUUCUAGAGCUGUAAUAUUUCUUAUAUGUUAUCUGUGUUUUUUUUUGUUUUUGUUUUUUUCAUUCAAGGUUAGAAAGGUUGAUGCUAAGAGGAACCGACAUCCACAUAUCAUCAUGACAGAAUCAUGCCUUGCACAUGGUUACUCGUUUGCUCUGCUCACGUCCACAGUCAUGAAUAACCCAGGCUCAG